UGAACUUCAUAGACACCAUGGCCACAGAAACUUCCUCGACGCUAUUAUCACCCGAAGCAUUUCUCAAAGUCUACAUCCCUCCCAGGUGUCCCAGUGUCAACAGUCCGAUAGUCAGUCUGCGACCCAAGAGUGACCGCCCAGAUUCACAGCAAUUGUGUCUAUGGAAAUGGCCUGCUCGCCACGCUCAAGGCCAUGACAAAUUGGACAAACUGUUCCGACGCUAUCGAUAUCAUACCAUACCUGACGACUCCCCCAGUAUCCGGAUGGACAGCGGUUUCGACGUCAAGUAUAUUGAACCAACCAUCCAGCUCAUCAACAAUGAAUUUCUCACAGACGAGGCACCGUCUCUACGAUGCGAGAUUGACUCCAUAAAUCUAGGAUAUGGGAUGGCUAGGGUUGUGUCUGAUGACUGCCCUAGGAUUCCACCGACUAUCGAAGACUCUACUGCGAGCUCAAAUAAAUGUCGGCUCAUAGUCUUGUUCAUAGAUCCUGCCAUUGAGAUCGAUUGGCAUAUCUUUGAACCUAUGGGUAAGAAGACUUCUCUCCCCCCUGACAACAUAGCUCGGCUUUUUUUUGAUCAUCUAAUCUCCGAAUGCAAUCGAGUCGGCAGCCCAUAUGGAAUGCUCACAGACGAACGUCAUAUGUCCAUUCUCUAUUUCCCCCCCGACGGACCUCCGGACCCCUACCGUCUGCUUGAUCUCGAUUAU